GUUCUCCGGGCCGCAGAAAAAUGAGCCAUCCUGACGUCGAACUCACGCUCUUGAGAAAUCUAUCAUGGCGAAGGGAUGAUUUAUCGAUUUCUCUCUUCCAUAAACUUUUAUUCUUUUCAUUCUUGUUUUCCUUUCAUCCCUGCAACCAGCCGUAGGUCAAUGUCGCUCGCAUAUACAACCGAAAAACAGUUCGCGAUCUCUGCGGUACGGAGGGCGUGUUUGUUGACAUCUUCCGUUUUCAACAAGUUGGUUAAGAAUGAGACGUUAGUAAAGGGAGACAAGUCGCCCGUCACAGUUGGGGAUUUUUCCGCACAGGCAGUUAUAAGUUCUAUGCUACAUCGUGCAUUCCCCGAUGACCCAAUCGUCGGAGAAGAAGAUGCAGCAGACUUGCGCGCAGCAAGUGGUGCUUCACUCCGAGAUCGCAUUGUCGAGCUUGCAAACGAAGCCUUGACAGCCGAGCUUGGUAUCGGGGACAUUGCAGAAUGGGGAAUCGGUCCUGGCUCGGAGCAGAGCGUUGACAAUUUGUUGGAUGCGAUUGAUCGAGGGAACCAUGAAGGUGGUAGAAAUGGAAGAAUGUGGACAAUUGACCCAAUUGAUGGGACAAAAGGUUUCCUGCGAGGAGAACAAUACGCUGUGUGCUUGGCUCUCAUCGUCGAUGCCCAGGUCCAAGUCGGAGUCUUAGGAUGUCCUAAUUUGCCUCUGAAUUUGUCGAAACCGGAUGAAGACAAAGGGUGCCUGUUCGUUGCCGUUAGAGGCCAAGGAGCUCAACAACUGAAACUUACCGGGGCAGACCCGAUACCCCUUACCAUGCCUCCAUAUACACCGUCUUCCUUUAGUUUCCUAGAGUCAGUCGAAGCCGCUCAUUCAUCUCACUCCACUUCAUCCCGCAUUUCCGCUAUACUGGGACUGACACAACCCCCGAUUCGAAUGGAUAGUCAAGCUAAAUAUGGCUGUUUAGCACGGGGAGAUGGAGGGGCGUAUAUGAGGAUGCCUACCGGGGUUGGAUACAAGGAAAAGAUCUGGGAUCAUGCAACCGGGUCUCUCUUGGUUACCGAAUCUGGCGGAGUAAUCACAGACUCGCGCGGUCUACCUCUUGAUUUCGGUCUUGGUAGGACGCUUGGGGAGAAUUAUGGCGUUAUCGCCACGGUGAAGGAUGCACAUGCCAAGUUGUUGAGUGCGGUGCAAGAGGUUGUCAAACAAGAGCAAGAGGAGGCAAAGAAAUCAAAAGCAUCCUGAAAUGCUAAUUACUAGAGUGUAACCAUCAGCACCACAAUGUUCGAACUGUACAUUUUGUAAUCCUUGUAUGUAGUCUAUCCCGUUCUGCCAACUGGUAGUCUAUAAAAAUACUUUAAUCCCUCUCUCAUAAACUUGCGAAUGAACAAAUGUUCUUCACUGAC